AUGAAACUGCUAGAGUCCAUUGCUUCAACUCUGAUGUUUGCAGUUGCCGUUGACAAUGUGACCAGAGCUCUUUCAUCCGUACCACCUACCAUCACUGAGCCUCCCUACCGUCCUACAGAUCCUAGAUGUUUCGAUCCGAAAAGAUUCCCUCCAUCUGUAAACCAGUCUCGUCCCAUAAUGUUUUUGGAUGGUCAAUGGCAUAUCGGGAUUUACACCGGUACAAAACUUUUUUAUGAAUGGGUGCCGUAUUGUGAAGUGGUACCCAUGGAACAUGCGCCAACCCGGGGGAAAUUGCCGCAUCGGUUAGCCAAGAAGGUGGAAGAUGUACUUGCAAAGAUCGAGGAGACGAGGAAAAGAUUUGAAGAAGCUGCGGCAAAAGAGAGAACAGCUGAAAAUGCCAGCACAAUCGCCUUGGAGCGCGCAAUAUAUUCUAUUUAG